AUGUCGGAUCAGAUUGACGAACUUGAAAAUGAUAUCAAACCUGAAAUCAACAUAACACCCAAGAGGACGAAAGAUACGGGAAAUGUUGGUCCAACGAGGAAAACACCUAAAUCCAAGACCACACCUAAGAAAGAGACUCAAGAGAUGGAAGGAGUUUGGGGAGGGGGUAGUACGAAAGGGAGAUUUGCAAUGAUGAUUAUUGAAACUGGCAUAAAGACUAUCAAUAAGGAUGCUGCUGCUGCCGAGCUCGGUUUGAAUGGUAAACAGCUACGUGAAUGGGUGAGAAGGGAUGGAAAAGGAGCGGUUUACAAAUCUCUAAAAGAUUUCUGCGACAGUCUCUAA